AUGAAACGAAUUCUUGGUAUCGAUUUUUCACCCUUAGCAGAACCAUGGGAUCGACAAAUAGUUACUCUUGGAGUUAUUAUGAAUAUUGUGAUCACUUUUCCACUUACUUUCAUCAACCUAAUCCUACCACUCAUUUUGGCCAUCACAUUGCAAUGGCACAUACUCCUCAUCUACUCAUUGUGGUACAUAUACGACAGAAAAUCCCCACGAAACGGCGGUUACCCAAGUAAAUGGGUGCAGAGUUGGCCCAUGAACAAGUGGUUUGCGGAGUAUUUUCCUGUAUCCUUGCACAAGACCGUCGACUUACCACCCGACCAGAACUACAUCUUUGCUUGCCACCCUCACGGCAUCAUUGGAAUGGGAGUGUUUGCCAAUUUUGCAACAGAAGGCACCGACAAAAGCAAAGUGUUUCCCGGGCUACAAUUUUUGGUCUGCACACUUGCUUGCAAUUUCCACAUUAUGAUCAGGAGAGAACUGCUUAUGCUUUCUGGCUUCAUCGAUUGCUCCAAGGAAAGUAUCAGGAAUGUGCUUUCCCAGAAGCGCAAAGGCAAAGCUGUGGUGAUAGUAGUUGGAGGUGCUGAAGAGGCACUGGAUGCUCAUCCUAGAAAGCACAUACUGACACUCUUAAAUCGGAAGGGAUUCGUUAAAGAAGCUAUUCGAGCAGGUGCCUCUCUAGUACCUGUGUACUCUUUUGGAGAAAACGAUAUCUUUGAGCAGGUAGAUAAUCCUAAAGGAUCUCGCAUUCGUACUUUCCAAACAUGGUGGAAAAAACUAACUGGCAUAUCAUUACCACUUUUCUAUGGCAGAGGAUUAUUUCAGCUGAACUUUGGCUUUCUUCCGCACAGUCGUCCGAUUGAUACUGUUGUCGGUGCACCAAUAGCUGUGACUCAAGAAAGUGAACCGGUAAAGGAAGAUGUGGACCGCGUUCACAAACAGUAUUGUGAAGCACUCAUUGAACUUUUCAAUCAACAUAAAACAAACAGGAGGGAAGCCCUUUUGAUUGUGAUUGUACAUAUGCUCAAGUUGAAUGCAUUAGCUAGAUGGAUCCUUGGCUUCGCGUUUCUUGCCUUCUCUAAUAAAAGACAAAAUUACAUGUGUCUUUCACUCUGUUUCGUUCAUUCCCUUCAUCCGUCGUAG